AUGGAAGAAGAUAGAAUCUUGAAAGGUUCAGGAUAUGGUAGAAUCUUCAUAGACAACUCUCAUAACAAAGCUAUAGAGGAAGAAGGCACUCUUGAGCGAGCACAUGACCUAAAACCCUCACCAUCCGAUUCCGACAUGUACAUGCUUUACUUCAAGGGUUUGGUUUGCAAGGAAACGACAGAGUUAUUGGUGGGAUUUGGUGUAGCAAUUUUAGACCAAGACGAGAAUCUCUUGUUUCAGAUGAAGGGACCUCUUCAUGGCUCGGGCAUUACAGAUUUGGAGGCUGAGCUUAUAGCAUUGAAGCGCGGUUUAACCGAGGCCGUGAGUAUGGGGAUAAAUCAUCUCUCAAUCUGUUGUGAUCAUGAUCAAAUUUUCGAAUUGGUCAUGGGAAGAUCUGCACCAGAGGUAAAUAAUAUAGCCUUGUUAGUGGAUGAUGUGCAACGCAUCAGACAACAACUUAAGUCUGUCAUACCUGUUUUGGUGACUGACCAGAAUCAUCAAGCCAGUUUUGUUACUAAACUUGCAAUGGAAGCAAUAGAUUAUGAAAUCAGCAUACGUAGGUCUAUGACUUGCAGCAUCUGUUUCAAUAACAAUUUCAAAGCUGAGGAUAUAUUUUCAAGUUUCUUAUGCAGUCAUCGGUUCUGCAAGAAAUGUGUUAAACGAUAUAUAGAAGUUAAGCUACUCGAAGGAGGUGUACCGCGAUGUCCUUAUUAUCAAUGCGAGUCUAUGCUAACUCUUAGUAGUUGUGCGAGUCUUGUGAUCACACCAAGACUACAAGAGAUGUGGGAAGAAAGGAUCAAAGAGGAAUCAGUCCCUAUGGCGGAUAGAGUUUACUGUCCGAACACUAACUGCUCGAGUUUAAUGUCGAAAACCGAGCUUUCUAAAUCUAUCAAACAAGGUUGUGUCAAAUGUACUAUGCCAUUUUGCAUCAAUUGCAAAGUUCCAUGGCACGAUAACAUGUCAUGCAACGAGUACAAGAGAUUAAUGGGUACGAAUCUUACAACAGAAGAUAAAAAACUAAAUCUUCUAGCAAAUCGGAUGAUGUGGCGUCAAUGUGGAAAAUGCAAACACAUGAUCGAACGUUCAGAAGGAUGCAUCCAUGUAACAUGCAGAUGUGGUUACUCGUUUUGCUAUACAUGUGGAGCUGAAUGGACAACAAGAAGAGGUUGCUCUCAUAAAGAAGAGAUGGAUGGAGAUUUGUGUUGUGAUGCAAUUAUGUGCGUUUUAAUUGUCGCUAUAGUUAUUUCUCUCAUUGUGCGUUAUGUACAUUGAUCAAAUAAACCGGUUU